GUGAAUAAUUAACGAGCCUACGGACUAACUCUCGUCGAUUUCUUGAAUAAAUAACGCAAACUGAAGGAAUAUUCAUGACCUGUUGGCUGGAGUGGAUACGGAUCCAAAUGUCGGCGACCGUCAUGCCACAGUCAGUCACGCAAAAGUACGAAACAACUCAGGAACCUUAUGCCAGUUUUAAGAGUUGGCAUUGCAAUUAUUUGUUCCCCCACAAGACUAUGUACGGUCGUACCGCAAUUCCGUUGUUUUUCUUUACUAUGGCCAAAAAUGUUAAGUAAAUGAGAACACUUGAACAUCCAAAGUAGCUGACGAUGAUUGUUCGGAGAACUGCCAGUACGCUGUGAUCUAUAUCGUACGUUACCUGUUAUGUCAGUUAUUGGACCAGAAUUUUAAACUGUAAUUCCGAAGUGCCAGUGUCAGCGGAGGACAACUUCUAUCUUUGCAAUACGCGCUGAUGUCCAUUAACGUAGAGUGUCGCAUAUGUUCAUCAAAUGUGUUUCAUUCUAGUGAAUUCUGAGUCAGCGGAAGAGCGUCAACACACGUAUCGUCAAUAUUUAUUGAUCACGUUGCACAACUACGUGACCGCGCCCUCCAGAUAGUGCUUAUCAGUUAACCCUCGGCAAUGGGCUUGCACAACUGAUAAAAGCAACAGUGUUUGAUCUGUACAUACUUGGUUGACUAUACUUGGAGGUGAGGUCGCAAGGAGACCUCAUUAGGUGUCAUAAAGGAUUUCGAAGUUCAAAAUCCGCCAACGAAUCAUCCACUUGUACGUAAAAGUGGAUCCACAUUUUUUUUUUCGUGCGACCGUUUUCUGUUUGUUGACAAUGCGGCUAUGUCGUAGUAGCCAUGCAUACCACAUGUUGAACCAGUCCCGUGAAGAAUGCGCCGUUGCUUUCUCCGACUGCCCGCGGAGGUGGCGUUCUCUAUCGGUUACUCGCCGUCACAUCUUUUUCGCCAUCUCUUCUAUUCUUUUUGUCCUUGUUUUGAUCUACAAUUUCAUCACUUCUGAAAUAUACCUUCAUCAGAUGACUCCUCGGGUGAACGUGCGAAGAGCUGUAAGAUCCAGAUGUUGCCUACCAGGGACUACAAGUGGAUCCGACAUGUGUGGACGUCCGGAUUGUGUGUGGCCCUGUCCAGUACCAAAAUUACCGGAGCACAAGCACCUAAACGUGGUGCAAGAUAAAGCCUUUUUUCAUGAAACAUCUGGUGCCUCUUCGUUGAACUUCCGCCAAGCGUGCGUCGUCGAAUCGCUGGCCUUCCACAAUCCAAAUUUAACCGUUCACCUUCUAAUGACCGGUUCAAAAAUCGAUACCAACACCGUGACAAUGAAGACGCUGAGGCAGAACUACCCCAACAUUCAGGUCACUAGCAUUAAUUUAGGCGAUUACAUGGCCGACACUCCACUAGAACGCUGGUACUUUUGCACAGACUGGAACCGUGGAUGGUUCGCCGUGUCUCAUCUCAGCGAUGCUCUCCGUUUCUUAACCCUGUCGAAAUACGGUGGUUACUAUUUUGACUUGGACGUGAUUCAACUUCGUCCUGUCACGUCCUAUCGCAAUUUUGUCGUAGCAGAAGAUAAUGACAAACUCGGAUCUAGUGUUAUUCAUGUCGAUCAUCAGCAUCCGGUCAUCCAAGCAGCUGUUGAAACAUUUUCAGCUGAUUACAAGUGGUACGUUUGGUCUCAUAAUGGGCCCGACCUUGUUACCCGGAUCCUACAAAAGUGGUGUCAGGUUUACUACAUUAGUUGGAUGACGCCAAAUCGCUGCCAUGGAUUUCGGAUCUUAGCCCCCAAGUCUUUCUAUCCAGUGCACUACUUUCGCUGGCGAGAUUAUUUCUAUAAACGGGGCGACAAACCACAAGAUAAGCUGAACUGGGAUGAGUCCGUUGUAGGAGCGCACGUCUGGAACAGCAUGAGCUCGAAAUGGAUGGUUAAUAAAUAUUCUAACCAAUAUUACGCUCAGAUGGCACGUUUAUCGUGCCCCCGCAUAUUUGAUGUAGCACCUGAACAAUUUUAGAUCAUUGUAUCCGUCUAUUUUUAUAUAAAAAGAAUAAAUAAUUCUU